AUGCCACGCUCACCCUCGCUCUUCCCGCUGCUGCUGGUGCUGCUGCUGCCGCCGCUGGCCCCAGGUCUCGGAUUCCGCGCCACCGGCGGCCGGCGCCCCGAGUGCGGUCCGUGCCUGCCGGAACGCUGCCCGGCGCCCGCGCGCUGCCCCGCGCCCGGGAUCGCGGCGCGCGACGAGUGCGGCUGUUGCGUGCGCUGUCUGGGCGCAGAGGGCGCGAGCUGCGGGGGGCGGGCCGGCGCGCGCUGUGGCCCCGGCCUGGUGUGCGCCAGCCGCGCCGCGGGGGCGGCGCCCGAGGGCACGGGGCUCUGUGUGUGCGCGCAGCGCGGCGCCGUCUGCGGCUCCGACGGCCGCUCCUACCCCAGCAUCUGCGCGCUGCGCCUGCGCGCCCGGCACGCGCCCCGCCCGCACCCCGGCCACCUGCACAAGGCGUGGGAGGGCCCCUGCGAAUUUGCUCCUGUGGUUGUCACACCACCCAGAAGUGUUCACAAUGUCACCGGGGCCCAGGUGUACCUGUCCUGUGAGGUGAGGGCUGUGCCCACACCUGUCAUCACAUGGAGGAAGGUCACACAGUCUCCUGAGGGUACCCAGGUGCUGGAGGACCUGCCCGGGGACCAUGUCAAUAUCGCUGUCCAGGUGCGAGGGGGCCCUUCUGUCCACGAGGCCACAGCCUGGAUUUUGAUCAAUCCUCUGAGGAAGGAAGAUGAGGGAGUGUACCUGUGCCAUUCAGCCAACGUGGUUGGGGAGGCCCAGUCGCACGGCACGGUGACAGUUCUAGAUCUGAGUAAACACACAGCCCCCCGCCUCCCAGCUCCGGAUGACCGCCUGUGAUGCGGGUCUUAGAAACAUUGAUGAUGGGAUGUUGGAAGAGUCAAGUCAUGCAUCGUUUUCCUUGUGAAGAGUCGGAGAAACCGUGUUUGUAGAUGACCCCUUUUGUAUGUUUUUAAAAAUUAGAUGCAAACUAGAUUCGUAUGCAGAUGUAGUUUUUAGCAGGGCAAGCAUUGGGAAACCAGACUGCAUGUGGCUUUUUUAUACUUUCAAAAAUGAAUUGCUCUGUGAGAAUUCUUUUUUACCUAACCCCUCCCAGGAAAGGUCACCUGGCGGUAUGCUUGUAAUUCUGAAGGACUAGAACAAGAAGGCCUGUGUCAGCCGUGAGUCUUUACCUCAUUUGUCUGUGACUGAUUAGUGUGUGUUGUAGGAGAGGGGGGAGUAGGAUCAUGCCAUCCUCUGCCUGCUCUCCGACUUGCUGUGUGACCUGGACGGGCCCCUCCCCUCUCUGGGCCUUUGUAUCCUCACUGGGAAUGUGGCCUCCGGACUAGAUACCUCCUGUGUCCCUUCAAGUCCUGCCAUCCUAGAGUAAGGUGACCCUGUGGGAAAAAUAGGGGAGGCAAAGUCUCAGCAUUCUUUUUAAGUGGUAUUCCCUCAAAAACAGUUGCCAUGGUUUCAUACUAGGCUGUGGAGCUGGCUGUAGCUCCUCCUUUCCCGGCCAUUUUCCUACCUUAAAGAGAUGGAGUCCUUGGCUAGGUGUUUGGGAACCAAGAUGUCCCCUUGUCAGCAAGCCGAGCACUCUCUCACCAGGUGGGCAGUGGACCCCUGUCUUCUGGACAUCAGACUGAGGAAACAGGGUCAGAGGCUUCUUCCUCCGGGCUGUGGGAUUAGAGUGUAGUCGAAUACCUUGUACUUAGAGAGGUUUUGACCUUACCCAGAAACAAGGCUUUCUUUCUUUUGACUUUCUUUUUUUUUUUCCAAUUUAUUUAUUUUCAGAAAAACAGUAUUCAUUAU